AUGUACCAGUCGGAUACUGGUUUGCCAGUUGGAUGGGAAGUUCGCCAUUCAAAUUCAAAAAAUCUUCCUUAUUAUUUCAACGAAGUUCAAAAACUAUCUCGAUGGGAGCCACCAUUUGGAACAGAUAAUGAAAAGUUAAAGGCAUACAUUGCAGCUCACCAAAAUUCUCUCAACACUAGACCGGACGCUGGAAUACAUGGGUCAACGGGAAAGAUAAGGGCUAGCCAUUUACUUGUGAAGCACAAGGGGAGUCGUCGUGCAAGCAGCUGGCGUGAAGUCGAGAUAAAACGCUCAAGAGAAGAAGCGUUAUCAAUUAUUCAAAUGCACGAGGCAAGUAUCAAAUGCGGUGCUAAGUCACUUGGAGAACUCGCGACAACAGAAUCAGAUUGCAGCAGUGCCAAGAAGUCAGGAGAUCUCGGAUUCUUUGGUCGGGGGGAUAUGCAGAAAGAGUUCGAAGACGCAGCAUUCCAACUGAAACCCGGCGAAGUUAGUCACGUAGUAGAGACUGCUUCUGGUUUUCAUUUGAUUGAAAGGUAUGAAGACAUUCAAUUGUAUCUUCGAUAUAAAUAA